AUGGCAGGAAACUUUUUUGCACCAGAUAAACAAUGGAACUGGGUGAAGAUACCCGAUGCACGAAAGCCUUACAUUCGUUUUCUAUCAUCAACAGAAGAUGAUUCAUCAGGAAAAGAAUUAAUUCAUUUGCCAAAUGACCCCUUCUUAGCAGUAGAUAUUUCAAAUCGUCCAGAUGGUUCAUAUUCUACCGGUGAUUUAUUUAUUGAAGUAACACCAAAUUCUGGUCAUUACAUUAUACGAGGACGAAAUAAUGAUACUAUUGUUCAUAUUAAUGGUGAAAAAACAAAUCCAGUUCCAAUGGAAAAGAUAAUACGAAAUCAUUCAAUUAUAAAAGAAGUUGUUAUUCUUGGUCAUCAACGUUUUUGUACAUGCGCAUUAAUAGAGCUUAAUUUUGAUGAAGCAUCCCAAUAUGACUUUGAACAAAUUGAAGAGAAAGUAUUAUAUGCAUGUAAACAAGCUAAUUUAACUGCACCAAGCCAUUCACGUUUAAUAAAAGAAAUGAUUAAAAUACUACCAUUGAGUAAACAUUUACCAGUUACACAUAAAGGGAAUGUAAAAAGAAAUCAAGUUGUUGAUGAUUAUUCAACCCUAAUUGAUGCAAUGUAUAACAAGUUUUUCAAUGUUCAAAAUGUACAAGAACAACAACAAAAACAGAAUUGGACAAAUGAAAAAAUAAAAAACUAUCUAAAGGAAAAAAUACCAAUUAAAUCAAUUGAUUAUGAUAAAUCAUUAUUCGAUUCAUAUUCAUUUGAUUCAUUGAGCGUAAUGCAAUUACGACAUAAUAUAUGUAAUGAUAUUGUUCAAAUAGAACAAAAUUUCAUAUAUGAACACUCAUCGAUUAAUAGUAUGGCAAAACAGUUAAUGAGAUUAUUAGACAAACAACAGCAACAAUCAAAUGAUGGUGAUGAUGAUAGUGAUGAUCCAUAUCGUUAUAAAUUAACUGAACAUAUUAUUGAUAAAUUUAGCCAAUUAAUUAAACAAGAAACGUUAGGCGCACUUAAUUCAGCAUCAACCACAAUAACAAAUAAAAACCGAGUAUUUCUUAUAACUGGGGCAAAUGGUUCACUUGGCAGUUGGAUUAUUCGUGAUUUAUUAUUGCGGUCAAAUGUUGAUAAAAUUUAUUGUCUAAUACGUGGUCCUGAUCAAGCACGUUUUUAUCAAACAUUUCAACAACGUAAUGAUGAACAAAUUCUUCACGAUAAUGAAAAACGUUUUAUUGUAUUAGAUUCAAUGGAUUUAAGUCAACAAUAUCUAGGACAAACAGAAGAGAUGUAUAAAGAAUUGCAGGAAAAUGUAACUGAUAUUAUCCAUUCAGCAUGGAAAGUGAAUUUUAACUUAACAAUAAAAGAUUUUGAAAAUGAUUGUAUUAAUGGCACAUAUCAUCUAUUGAAAUUAGCCAAAGCAAAGAAAAUGAGAUUUCAUUUUAUUUCAAGUGUUUCUUCAGCUGGUUCAGGUCAAAUAAUUAAAGAAGAACCAUUACCAAGGCAACCAGGAUUGCCACUGAAACAAGGUUACGGACAAUCAAAAUACGCAUCAGAACAUAUAUGUUGGAUAGCAAUGAAAGAAUGGGGUAUGUUGAACUAA